AGAUCAAACCAUUUUUUCGUAUGAAACCCUUAUCAGAGGCUGAUAAGGAAAGAGCAAGAAAUCAGAAGAUUCCAAAACUAUCUGAGUUAUUGGAACUUGCACGGAAGGAAAAAAAGUUGGUUAUAUUUGAUCUUAAUUCUCCUCCACGAUCACAUCCUGCCAGAUCAUCGUAUAUCCGCCUUGUAGUAAGCGUGAUACUUGACUCUAAGAUUGAGCAACAUCAGAUUUUUUGGUUACCAGGUUCUGAUAGGAAGUAUGUCAGGAGCAAAGCUCCUGGUUUUCAGCACAUUGGCCGGUUAUUCACCAUUGAAGAACUUAGAAAAGAAAAUAUCACUAGAAUAAAUGUUGACUAUAAGAGAUUGUUCCACAAUGGCUUGAAAGAAUAUAAAUCAGCUAACAUCAGCAUCAACUUAUACCUCGUCAAUGAACCUUGGCUCUUCUCACUGGCCUGGUGCUCCAGGAUUCAAUCAGUGACCACAGACAAUCUUCAGGUCCUGAAGAAGAUAAAUCACCCUUACUACUUCAUGACACCAAAGUUCUAUCUGUUCAUGUGGAUUUUCAUGGAUAUUAUUUCUGCAGCUUUCAUUAUUGCCAUAUUACAUUUUUAUUGGAGGAGAGAGAGCCAGAGUGAAAAAAUCCUCCACGGUAUCACCAGUUACACAGGUAAAGUCAGAGGCCUUUAGGAAGUCAUUCCCUCCAGAAAG